AUGAGCAAUCUCUUGACAUCACGACAGGCGGAGGAACUCCACAAGUCCCUCAUUGCAUAUCUGCUUUCGACCGGCCAUGAAAACAGUGCCCAAGUGUUGCGCGAUGACUUGAACCUGCCUGAAACCGCUUUCGACCCUACGACGGCCAAGAAGUAUGAGGGCCUACUUGAGAAGAAAUGGACAUCUGUCGUCCGCUUGCAGAAGAAGAUUAUGGAUUUGGAGACGAGGCAAACACAGCUACAGCAGGAGUUAGACAAUGCAACGCCCACAUCGCUUGCGGCGCGGAAAAAUCACGAUCCUGCGACUUGGCUGCCACGGCCGCCCGCUCAUCAUACCCUUCAGUCGCAUCGUCAGCCCGUAACAUGCGUAGCCUUUCACCCGCUCUUCUCGAGCUUGGCUUCUGGCAGCGAAGACUGCACCAUCAAGAUCUGGGACUACGAGUUAGGCGAGCUGGAGCGCACUCUCAAGUCGCAUACCAAAGCCGUGUUAGAUGUGGACUUUGGAGGACCCCGCGGUAAUACCCUGCUGGCAUCCUGCUCUUCGGACUUGACCAUCAAGCUGUGGGAUCCUGCGGAGGACUAUAAGAACAUUCGCACUCUUCCCGGUCACGAUCAUAGCGUGAGCUCCGUGCGGUUCAUACCCUCUGGAGCAGCGGGCGCACCGAUGUCGGGGAAUCUCUUGGCUUCCGCCAGCCGAGACAAGACGAUCAGAAUCUGGGAUGUCACGACUGGCUACUGUAUCAACACUCUCCGGGGACAUGCGGAUUGGGUGCGAAGUCUUUCGCCAACAUUCGACGGCCGCUUCUUGUUGUCCACAUCCUCCGAUCAAACGAGUCGAAUGUGGGAUCUCAACCAGCCAGAAAGCAAUGCUCAAAAGCAGACAUUUCUUGCACACGAGCACGUGGUGGAAUGCUGUGCAUUUGCUCCACCAUCUGCAUACGCUCAUCUAGCAAGUCUGGCAGGCCUGAAGAAGGCGCCUUCAGCCGGCAGUAGCGCAGAAUACCUUGCGACAGGCAGUCGAGACAAACUCAUCAAGAUCCACUCUGCCAAUGGACUCUGCAUCAAGACGCUCACGGGACAUGACAAUUGGGUUCGGAGUCUUGCAUUUCACCCUGCAGGCAAAUAUCUCCUAUCCGGUUCAGAUGACAAGACAAUCCGCUGUUGGGACCUAUCACAAGAAGGAAAAUGUGUGAGAGUGAUACCUGCUGCUGAUCAUUUCGUGACAUGCCUAAGAUGGGCGCCGAGUCUGUUCAAGGAACCAUCCAAGGGGGAAACCAAUGGUGGCACGCAGACCAAUGGAAGCAAAGGGGACGAUGCAGCGAAGGAGCAGAUAAGGUGUUUGGUUGCUUGUGGGAGCGUUGACUUGAAUGUGAGGGUCUUCAGCGCGUAG